CAUCUGACAAUGGACGAAGGCGCGACUUACCAGGGUGACCGGGAGCUGCAGGUACGCCAGGGACGCCGCGACCUGUGGGCCUCGCUCAGGAAGACACUGGUCGUCGUUGCGUCCACGUCGGUCGUCCUUUUGGCCCUGAGAAACAGCCUCACGUAUCAUCUUCAACAUUUCUGGGGGGCUUCUGGUGACUUCUGGCAACAUCAGUGGGAUAAAGUCGUGCUUCUCUGCAAUAACGACCCUUUCAACAUCCUAGUAUACGGUCCAACCCUCAGUAGCUAUGCCUUGUACUGGACAACCGGGGCGAUGUUCAUCCUCAUGGACCUCACCGGCAAGCCCUCCUUCUUGCGACGUUACAAGAUCCAACCAGGAACCAAUGAGCCGGUGGAGAUCAAGCCGCUGAUCAAGUGCAGCCUGUGGGUGACCUUUAACCAGCUGGUCGCCGGCACCGCCUUCUCCUCAGCCUGCUUCUACGUGGUGUGCUUCCGGGGCUAUAACGAGUCUCCGCUGCUGCCCACCUUCCACUGGGUUCUGUUUGAGCUCAUGAUCUGCAUUCUGAUCGAGGAAGUUGGGUUCUACUACACACACAGGCUGUUCCACCACCGCCUGCUGUACAAGCACUUCCACAAGUGGCACCACGAGUGGCAGAGCCCCGUCUCGGUGACGGCCCUGUACACGCACCCCUUCGAGCACAUCAUCUCCAACAUCGCCCCCGUCAUCGUCGGGCCGAUCCUCCUGGGCUCGCACCCUGCCACGCUCUGGCUCUGGUGCGGCCUCGCCAACCUCAGCACCAUCAACGCCCACUCCGGGUACCACCUGCCCUUCUUCCCGUCGCCGGAGGCCCACGACUACCACCAUCUCAAAUUCAACCAGUGUUACGGCGUGCUGGGCAUCCUGGACCGGCUGCACGGGACGGACGAGAACUUCCGGAAGUCGAGGCAAUACGCUCGGAAUGUGACGAUGUUCUCGCUCGUGCCGCCGCGGGAAGCCUUCCCGGACGCGCUCCCCAAGGGCAAGAAGGCCGUCGGGGAGUGCGGCGAAGGCAACAAGGCCGUCGGGGAGUGCGGCGAAGGCAACAAGGCCGUCGGGGAGUGCGGCGAAGGCAACAAGGCCGUCGGGGAGUGCGGCGAGUCCUACGACGGCGACGGAGGAAAGAGCCAGUAGGAACCGGUGGAUUUAGGGAACGGGGCAUUUAGGGGACCGGGAAAAGUAUCAUUACUAAUUGGUGUAAUUAAGGGGAUUGGAUUAGAAGAAAGGUUAAGGGGAUAACCUGUCGGAUAAAAUAUCGUCAGUAAUCAAAUUAUAGAAAACAAACAAGACAAGAUUAUCAAUUGGUACAUAAUAGACUGAAGGAGGCUGACAGAAGCUUAGCCAAUCAUAUCAUCAGACAACCAUAUUAUGAGAAAAGUAUUUGAAAAAUUAAAUUCGCAAUGUUAUUCAAGCUGUUAAACUGAUUAAAUGGAAUUGAGGAUUUUUUUAGCAUUUCUUGUUCAUUAUGACAAUCUGAAAUAUGGGAUUAUGUGUAAAAAAAUUCAGAAAACUUACAUCAUGUGUCACUCAUCCUGUCACAGUAUUCUGCUUCUUAUACUUUUACACAUUAUUGAAACAUAAUUUUGAAAAAUAAAUAUCCUUUGGACAAUAGAAAGUUAUGAAGCCAUUAAGGUAGAAAAUACCACCUAAUGACAGACUACGAUUUAAUUUAAGGUAAUUUAAAUACGGAACGAACAAAAAGUCCCCGAUUUUGACACGAAUGUUAAGUGAUUAUCAUAGACGCAAAAUCGAAAUGAACAAUAUGAUAUCUAAGAUACGCGAGUUGGAGCUAAUGCAAAAGAUACUCCCACGUCAUUAUGAUGAAGCACCGACCUGUGACUGGAUGAGAGACGAGCUGGAAAUGGAAACGUGGAAUAAAGAAGGAAGAUCCUGCCUUUCGCUUUCAACCACCCAAAAAGGUACUUAGACUAACAUCUAUACAGAUAUAAACUACCGUGUAAUGUAAUGUAACGUAAUGUAAUGGUAUACUCUUUGGUGAGAAGGCAUAAGUAAAUGAAUGAGAUUACUUAUAUUAUAUUCACUCACUUAGUGUAUGUGGCAAUAAUAGUAGUGUGCACGAGGUCAGUACUGUACGAAUAUCUGGGUCUGUGCAUGCAUUAAGGAUCAAUAUAUGCUGAACAUGUAUUUGCAAAUGGAAUAAAUUUCUGAGUAAAUGUCUGAA